GUAUCGAACUCUUUCUCUCCCUUCUGUGAUUAGGUCUGUUUGGUUUCUGGGAAAAUUCCUAGAAAGUGGGGCUGAGGUGAAGUGAUUUGGGAGGGGAGAGGUUCUUAUCUGGUGACGACUUCAAAGGGAAUUGUUCUUGGGAAGGGAUAAAUGUGGAUGAUUUUCUUGCAUUAAUUUCUUUAUAUUUUUUAAUAAAAUUUUUGUUAUAGAUUCACUGCUGUGCUGUGAUCAGAAUCAGAAGAAGAACAACAAGAGGGAGCGGAGGAGUUUCAGUUUUUUUUGGUUGUGGAAAGAUGCAGAAAGAUCUGCCAAAGAAGGGCCUAAAAGAGAAGGACUUCUUCACUGGGUAUGGUGAGGCCAAUCGGUAUAAAAUUCUUGAAGUUGUAGGGAAGGGAAGCUAUGGAGUUGUUUGCUCUGCCAUAGACACACACACUGGGGAAAAGGUGGCUAUAAAGAAAAUAAAUGAUAUUUUCGAGCACAUUUCUGAUGCUAUUCGGAUCCUGCGUGAAAUCAAGUUGCUAAGGCUUUUACGUCAUCCUGAUAUUGUUGAAAUCAAACGCAUCAUGUUGCCACCGUCAAGUAGGGAGUUCAAAGACAUAUAUGUUGUUUUUGAGCUUAUGGAGUCUGAUCUUCACCAAGUGAUCAAAGCUAAUGAUGAUUUGACUCGUGAACAUCAACAGUUUUUCCUUUACCAACUGCUACGCGCCUUAAAAUAUAUGCACACAGCAAAUGUGUAUCAUCGAGAUCUUAAACCCAAGAAUAUAUUGGCAAAUGCAAAUUGCAAGCUCAAAAUUUGUGAUUUUGGAUUAGCAAGAGUUGCAUUUAAUGAUACCCCUACAACAAUAUUUUGGACGGACUAUGUUGCUACAAGAUGGUAUAGGGCUCCGGAGCUGUGUGGGUCAUUCUUCUCUAAGUAUACACCCGCAAUUGAUAUUUGGAGUAUUGGCUGCAUUUUUGCUGAGGUAUUGACUGGGAAACCACUGUUUCCUGGUAAAAGUGUCGUUCAUCAGUUAGAUUUGAUGACUGAUCUUCUUGGGACACCUUCAUUGGAUGCGAUUUCUAAAGUUCGAAAUGACAAGGCAAGAAAAUACUUGACAGAGAUGCGGAAAAAGCAUCCUGUGCCAUUUGCACAGAAAUUUCCUAAUGCAGAUCCUUUGGCACUACGGCUAUUAGAAAGACUGUUAGCAUUUGAUCCGAUGGACCGGCCUACCGCUGAAGAGGCACUGGCUGAUCCUUACUUUAAGGGCCUGGCCAAAGUUGAGAGAGAACCUUCUUGUCAGUCAAUCUCGAAGUUAGAGUUUGACUUUGAGAGGCGAAGGGUGACAAAGGAAGAUGUUAAAGAACUAAUCUUUCGGGAGAUACUAGAAUACCAUCCUCAGUUACUCAAAGACUACAUUAACAGAACUGAAGAAACAAAUGUUCUAUAUCCUAGUGCUAUUGGCCAAUUCCGAAAGCAUUUUGCACAUUUUGAGGAAAAUGGUGGAAGAAGUGGACCAGUGAUUCCUCCGGAGAGGAAGCAUGUCUCCCUCCCAAGGUCUACAGUUGUUCAUUCAAGCACAGCUACUCUUAAUGCGCACCCAAAUUUAACCUCAUUUGAGAACCAGAAAAUUGCAGAAGAGGCUUGUAAGAACUACAGAGUCACUGGUACGAUUUCGGGAAAUCUAAUGAAAGCAUCUCGGCCACCACCAAGGGUACCAACAGCAAAACCAGGUAGAGUUGUGGGGCCUGUCCUACCUUACGAGAAUGGAAGAAAUCUCAAAGAUACCUUAACAAGCAUUGCAACUCUCCCUCAAUCUGUCUCACCAAAUUGCAUUUUUAGAACGAAUACAAUAAGUCAAGAGAAGUCAACAACAGAAGCUUUAAAGGAUUCUUCACAAGACAAGCAGCCAUCUCCUCAGAGUAACAUGACAACCAAACCUGCCCCAGUCACGGGCAUUGACAUCAACAUCAACCCAUACCAAGCGCAACCCAAGGCAGACCAAUUAAACCAGCGAAUAGCAAUUGACCUAAAGCUGUUGCAGGCACAAUCGCAGUUUAGUGCAAUUGGCACUCCUGCUGUUGCAGUACCAGCAUCACAUCCCCUACAUUAACUGGAUGCAGAUAUGUUGGAGCUGUACAGUUUGGGCUACUAUUGCAGGGAUGCUUUGGAGCAAAUGGAUCAUGGAGCACAAAAGCUGUGGAUGCCUCUUCUCAUAAGAGAGUGAGGUUGAUGUUGGGUUCUCCCACAAUUUGGUUUGCUGAUUGCGUCCCUAUGGGAUUUGUAUAAAUUAUAUGUCAUUGAAUGUAUGAGACAGAAUAAUUGUUUCUCUAACUUUUAAUGAUAGGAAGCCUCUUUUAACCAAA